AUGCCGCGGCUGAACAAGCGCGGGUUGGAACGGUGCAACCAGAGGCGGCAACAAUGGAUGAAGAAGCAUAUGCCUCGAAUACAUGCAGCUAAGCGACCCAAUUCAGUGUAUCUGGAGAAUUCUGACGUGUUGGAGCUGCUUCAGCACAUUUCGGAUGGGCUGAAUGAAAUGUUGAUGGCAAGACCUCUGUUUCCUCUUCCGUGGCUCGCAGACUACUUACGCCGAGCAUGCAAGCUUGAAUACGAAAUUCACAAUACCGUAUCUGAAAGUUUGAUCCUCGAGAUGCACAGGAAACGAAGAGUGAUACAAAGUGUUCUUCUCGAUACCAAACAGGACGAGAUGGAGAGCAAGCGGCUGAUCCGGGAAAUUAUCGUUCUAGAGCAAGAGCUGAAGCUCGUGGGCCGUGAACGCCGUCUCAAGAGAGUCGACUAUGAAUUUCUCGAGUUGGAACAACCGUCCGUGCAAUCGAACUGGUGUAUUGAUACCACCAAAGUACCUUUACCCACUAGUUCUACCCAGUCGAAAGAGAAUCUAGAUCAUGAACAGGAGCGUCUUUCAGAUCAGCUUCGUCUCGAUCUUCUAGCUCAGCGCGAUUUGGACGCGUAUUUCGAUAGGGUAAUCGACGAAAUUGUUCGAGCACUGACUAAUUUGCUUCUCACCGCUCCAGACAAACCUUCGCUCUGGUUUGCCAUGUAUCUACGCCAUCCCGUCGAUUACGGUGUCCCUGCUUCGCCUAAGUUAUCCCCUGCUGAUCGCAAAUCUUCUGUUGCGCUGGGUACUGCAUCUCCACAACUUUUCAAGACAAAUUUCGAGUUGGCACGAAAGCUGGAUGAGAUUAAACAAGCCCAACAAUCCAUGCACACCCGAUUUCAAGCAAUGCAACAAACGUUCGUGCAGUUGGAGCAAGAGUUAGCUAUACGCAAUAGAUUUAUCACCAAACUGUCCGAGUCUUACGUAACAACAAGAACGCAGGCCAUCAUGGACGGUACUCCUGUGUUUCUCAACUCACAGAAGCACUGGGUUCUACCUGGCUAUCUAUUAACUCCCAAAACUCUCUCCGACGCUGAGUUACAAGGUUUACGUCGAGCUGAAUGCUUUUUAAUGGAAAAAGAUGAGAUUCACUGGAAGUUCUUACUUCGUGCUCAACUGGAGUACGACUCGGCCACUUUAAUUCAGAGCGUAUGGCAUGGUCGACGAGCAUUUCACACCUACCAGGAGCUCUUGAAAAGGAGACGAAAAGCUGCUACGCUGAUUCAACGAAACUACUUUCGUUAUCUCUUCACUAAAGCCACAAGUUUGCCUCGUUGGUGUCGUCCUGGACGAGAAGUGAUCGUGGCGCCCAGUAUCGCUCAGAAGUGCGCUAUCUCGUUUCAAUUUUAUUCUAAGAGAGACUUCCCUGCUGGAAAUUAUCGUCGAGAACCGAAAGAAACCAGUAUCAAUGAGCUCAUGGAGAUAGCAAGACAGGACGAAAUGUGCGCGGGCUUCACGACAGAUGGAGCUUUCAAACGCUUUUUACCGCGAAUGCUCUCUCAACUUAAACCUAUGGUGCCUACCUCAUCAAGUGAAACGGGUGAGGAUAGCAACCAAGAAGACACAGUCACACCGGAAGACGGUCUGUAUGUAAAGAUAUUCCCAAACAAAGACGAGAAAGUGAUCAACUCCGCGAUCGUCGUGGAGGCUCCUGAGGAUCGCUUCGGGUUAAUUCGAGUAGUUCUUGAUGGCAUCGGGGUCACGGAACUGGUUCCUAUCGCAAAGCUCACAGAUCGCUGGAAACGCAUUCGUGUUAAACGCGUGAAGUCGAAGGAACGGAGGAAAACUAGAGCGAUUGUCUUCGGUAAAGGAACGCCUACGAUUUUCACGGACGACCUAGAGAACGACUCGGCUAUCAUCGAACCAGGCACCCCUGACACCACUUAUGAACGAAUUGAAAGUGACGAAGAGGAGGUCGAGGAGAGCUUGGAGAAAGAAUGGCGGCGUCAAAGAAGGCGGAGAAGAAACGACGAUAUUGAGGAUGAUCCGGAUUAUAUUUUCGAGGACUUGGUGACAGGCCGAAUCAUGCGUCGUGGCCAUCCCAAUAACACGCACGAAGAUCCGAUAAUCCGUGCACGUGUGAUUGCUACGCGUAAGAAGGAGUACGAGGACGAGAAGCAGAUUCAAUUCCGAGCCAAACAACUCGCUUGUGCAGUGAAAAUUCAGUGUGCUUGGAGAUCUAAACGAGCACGUGAACAUUUCCAGCAGAUUCUGGUACUUCGAGCGAAAGAACGAGAACGCGAACGUCUCGUGGAUCAAGUUGGAGCUGCCAAUGCCCACAAACGGCAAGCGAAACCAAGCAAGAAGAAAAAAGGUGGACUUUUCUCAAAAUUUCGCCGAAGUUAA